AUGCGCGUCUUGACUUGUAUUGUUGCUGCAACCUUCUACGUGGCAGUGUUAUGCCAGCAGUUACACGGCGAGGUAAGGGGAUACACCCAAAGACAACAUCAUCGUAACAGCGCAGCAGGUAUGGUUUGGCGGUCAUGGAGUGGAGGGAACAUCUCGGCCAAUAUACCGCAGAAAUGGCUCGUACAGCUUCUGCAAGACGUACAACAAGAGCCACAGACACUGCACCCUGUUCUUGUCGAAUUCCAGCAACUCAUCGAAACCAACACGCGCAUAUACAUGCUCUUCCAGUCGAUGUUCCAAGAGAUGGGGGGUUGCCCGUACGAAGUACAGAGCUACCAGCAGCUACUGCAAGUCCUCAACCAUAUCAUUACUCGUGGACCAGCGUGGAGCGAAGAUCUCCUGCAAGCUGACAGAGCCGGGCUCUCCAUCCUCGCCGUCAUUGGCCGGGUCAAAAGUACAGUGAGCGGCGUUGCGGCGUUCCUCGAUCCACAAGUGAAUGCAAUGGUGGGCAAGGUGCUCAACGCAUGGGGCGCGUUUCUUCGAUCGCCAGCAUCGGCGGUCGUGUUGAACAACUCGUCCGGGUGGUUCAGCGCGUCAGCGCUACAGCACUUGACUGACACCGCCAACGCAGGGAUAUCGAAUUACAGCUUUGAGGAAAUGUUUGUCAGCGAUCCAUCAGCGCCAUACUAUGGCUUUCGUUCAUGGGACGACUUCUUCGCCCGCUCUUUCAGGGAGGGCAUCCGGCCCGUCGCCUCUGCAGACGAUGAUAACGUGAUAACCAAUGCAUGUGAACACACACCGACCAACGUCGUCCACGGGGUGAAACUGCGAGAUCAGUUCUGGAUCAAAGGGCGCCACUACUCCGUCCUGGACAUGCUUGGGCACGGCAAUCGCGCGAUGGCAGACCACUUCGUGGGAGGAACAGUCUACCAGGGCUUGUUGAGCGCGCUGAGCUACCACCGCUGGCAUGCACCGGUAUCAGGGAGGAUAGUCCAGGCGUACGUCCUGGAUGGAAUGCACUACGCACCGCUGGGAUACUCGGACGGCCGACUCGAGGAGCUUGCAGAGUCUGAGUACGGACCGGCCAUGUCGACGCGGGCGGUGUUCCUGAUCGAGGCGGAUAACCCUGCUGUUGGACUGGUGGCUUUUAUUGCUGUUGGACUUGCGGAAGUGUCGACGUGUGAGAUGACAGCGUCCGAAGGGGAAUAUGUGGGGAAGGGAGACAAGUUGGGCAUGUUCCAUUACGGAGGCUCAACGCAUUGCCUCUUGUUCAGAGCGGGAGUCAAUCUGACGGGGUUUCCUGACAUGGAGAGCAAGAAGAGUGUUCCGGUUCGCAGUCGAUUGGCGACUGUGCAGAGCUGA